AUGCCGACUCUGGUGGAGCAAAGCCCGGACUUCGUUCCGCCGCUACCCUCAACAACAGUUUCUGACGACUACAAUUACAAUGUGGAGGACGGCGACUUUCGCUACAGAAAGGAAAGGACCCACAAGGGUCUUGUCAAGGUACCAGGAUUACAACUAGUUAACAUGAUUUUUACAUCACAACCACUGUGAUUUCGUAGCACAUGAACAUUUUGUUUUUGAUGGCAACUUCUCUAGCAAUAUCAAGAUCACACUUUAUCUUUCCCAUUACUUGCUGCAGUGGAAAUUGGCAAAAACAGUACCGGAUAUUGGCGGAACGGGAUGGCGGACAAAACAGGGACACACUCUCAAAAACCACACGUAUUAUCGGACACCGGCGAAUUCAAACAAAUGGAACGAUCCGGUAUUUCUGAAACGAUAGAUAAGCAUCGUUGCUUGUUUCGAUCGACGAGUAUCAUCGUUCAACAAAACAGAGUAUAAGAUGAUCCUUGUUUUCAAGUAAUUGGCUAACUUUUUAGUAAGGAAGACGAUAUCUAUGUUUGUUUUCUAGAAAUCUGUAGUUUACUUCUUCACAUUGAGCAGGUACACGCGGGGUACGAAUCAUGGAAGGCCUUUCAUGGCCCAAGGUUGGAGACAAACGCCCGAUUAAUCGAGCAAAUGGAUGCUAUGGACGACAUAGUAGACAACUGGGAAAAGAGAAAAGCGUACCUUUCGUGCCCUAUUAUUCUUUCGGAUGGUUGUUGUAUGUGUGAUUUCCACUUCUCUAUUUUUAGGAUGGAACAUCAUUGUCUAGUUUCUAAACUACCCUCCUAACACCUAGAAAGAUCUUUUCUGGCAUAUGAAUGGGGUUCGCUGCAAGUCGCUCUAUUUUAUGAAGACAAUUGAUGCUCUGAAAAUCUGUGCAGAUCUGUAAAUCGAGCUCGGGCGGAGCAGCUAGACAGGUUUUGGAGGCAGAAGCGGGCGAGGAUGAGAAAAGAACGAGCGACCUCAUGGACGCCGCAUAUCCGGGCAAAAAGGGAAUUUCACGAUAUUUUCGACACCUUUGACGGCGAUGUGAAUAGCUUGCCUUACUGGGCAUUGAAGAAGGUUCUCACGCCAGAGGUCUUGGCAGGAGAUCAGAGGGCAAUAGAUGUCAUCACAUGUAUUAUUUUUUCAGAAGCUUUCUUCGCGGCGGAUGAAGUCUUUUGUUCUCGUGCCGAGAAUCAGAGAUGGAAAAAGCUCGAAUCAACGUAUCUAUCAUACUUGCAACAUGCAUUCUCACUUACUUUGACAACAACAGUCGUCUGAAAAAAAUCCACAGCCAAAAUGAUGCGAGAGGACGCAUUUAAAAGGAUGCUGAAGGCUUGGCAGAAUAACAGGAGAAUAGAGAUUCUCUCGGACUUCGCAGACCGAGCUGAGUACAACCAGCGGUUACAGCAGAUGGCGGGUCAGCCAACUGCCGAGAGGGAGCCUAGGAAGCACACGCGGCCAAUACUGACGUCUCGUGUGAACGAACUUAGCA